AUAAUUUGACGUGUAGUGGUGCCAACAACAUCUUGUCAGAAAAUCCAGAAACGCACACAGGAUUGAUGAUUCUCGAUACCAAAGAUCCUAAACUUCCAUAUUUAGAAACUCAUAUACUUCCCAAUUGAUCAAUCGAACAAUUUAGAACACGCAUAAUUAGUAAAGGCAAUCAAAAUGACGAGCAGUGAUGAAGGAUUUGAAGAACCCAAUGAACAUUCAUUUGAGAAAGUUAAACAGAGGUUAAUAGAUCGAUCUAAGAAAGUUGCAGAAACACGAGACAAAACGAAGAAGAUCAUAUCUGAACAUGCGGAACGGAUUGCUAAACAAGCUGAAGAACACGAACGAUUCAUCAAUAAGGUUACUUAUUUGUGUGGUGUACUAGGGUUUGGAGGAUUUUGCUUUCUACUUGGGGCAAGGCCACAAGAUGUUCCAUAUGUGUAUUGUUUAUUCUAUGUUACAUUUGUUCCACUUAGAUGGAUUUACUAUCGGUACAAGAAGUGGCAUUACUAUCUUCUGGACUUUUGCUACUAUGCGAAUACAAUAUUCUUGGUUACACUUCUGAUGUAUCCGAAGAAUGAAAAGCUUUUUAUGGUUUGCUUUUCAUUUGCUGAGGGGCCAUUAGCAUGGGCAAUUAUUGUGUGGAGAUGUAGCUUGGUUUUUAAUUCCAUUGACAAAAUUACUAGUGUCCUUAUUCACCUAUUACCUGGAUUGGUUUUCUUUACUAUUCGUUGGUGGAAUCCAGCUACCUUUGCAGCCAUGCAUCCUGAAGGAACUGCUCAAAGAGUCUCAUGGCCUUACGUGGAAAACAAAUCAUACCCGUGGACUUGGCUGUUUCUUGUCCCGUUGGUAGCUUACACCCUUUGGCAAGUUCUCUACUUUCUAAUAGUUAAUGUGUUGCGUAGACAGAGGCUGUUGCGGGAUCCAGAAGUCAUGACUUCUUACAGGGAACUUUCAAAGAAAGCUCAGAAAGCAAACAGCAUAUGGUGGCGCCUGAGUGGCUUGCUCGGGGACCAAAAUCGAAUGUUGAUGUAUAUAGCUUUUCAGGCUCUGUUUACUGUAGCAACAAUGGCACUCACUGUUCCCAUCUUCCUUUCAUAUGAGUUAUCUGUCAUCUUCCAAAUUCUAAAGGUAUCUGCCGCAGUCUGGAAUGGAGGAAGCUUUAUACUAGAAGUUAUGCCCAGACAGGUGAUUCAGAAGGAGAAGAAAAAAACAGAGAUGCAACCUCUUGAAGUUGAAACUCAGCCUGAUUCAUCAUCAUCACCUGUUCAGACCCCAGUUCCUGCAGAUCACAUACAAUAGAGGUGAUCAAAGCCCGGCUGGGCUGGGCUUUAACACAAAAGAUUCAUACCCAGACCCGUAAAUUUGGUGCAGGCUUUUGGGGAUGAAACGGGGUUUUUUCAGGCCGGUUCGGGAGUUGGUCUGCUCAAACUCUCGUACUUUUUCGGGCCGGGCUAUAGUUCCUGCAGAUCAUAUACAACAAUCUUGACAGUUGCAAUCUCCCAUGCCCGCCUUAUUAAUGAUUUCAUUUUCCCUCGUGUUUUUUUUAUGAAUGAACUUCAGUUCAUACUUAAAUAUAAGAAUGAAUGUACUGCUUUUUGACGAUGAACUUCCUGUCUUGUCUAUAAUCUGAUCAAGCAUAGUCAAUUAGUCAUGUAUUAGGAUGCAUCUGCAGGUUUUAUUAUGAGAUAAUUUCUCGUUGACUUUAAAGUAUAUUUGUGUAAUUGUGUAUGUGUUAAAAUCAUUAAUUUGUAUAGGGACAAUAUCUUAAACUUGUCCAUAACUUUAAAAGAAACUUGUCUUAUGAAAUUGGCUUUGUUGGUU